GUAUGCAGAUUCGACCCGCACUUACUCAACCCGUCAAAGCGCGUGAAAACUCCCCUCAACUCUGGAACUCGGCCUUGGUUCUCUCUUUCACACAUCACCACAAACUUUCCUCAAAUUCUCGUUUGAUCCCCUCCUCUUGCGAACAUAAGCAAAUCAAACUUUUCGGUAAGUUUAUGACUUUACAUUAUCAGAAUUCAACACGCAGCCUCUUUACCAACAACUCCCACUUCACUGCCGUUCUUUCGCAUCAUCAUCUCCCAGCGCUCGCCAGGAAAAAAAUCCUGGAGCAAAAUUACCUGGGAAAUCUCUGCACCCCGCCCCCGCCUACCACUUUCAGCUCUGAGAACGUUGUGAGUGGGCUUAAAACUCACUGUCCACUCUCAUGACAAGCCAUUGGGACGAGCCGUUGGAUGUCAUUGUCGGCAGUCAAUCACUAUUUUAAUGCGAUUACAGCUCCAAUUGCGAAGUUCAAGAGUCUCUGAAUCGCCCUCAUGACUUUCUCACGCCUCUCAGCCAUUUUGGUUCAAAGAGUCUGUGUUUUCUCAUCUGCAAAGAAAACCUUUCAAUUUCCUCCAGUUCCCCCUCUUCUUACUUCUAGCAACUCCGUCACUACACAUCAACCCCUCGCCAAUCCCUUGCCUCUAUCGGAUCUCGGAGGCGGGUGACCACUCUAACUUUUACCUUAACACACUUUCAUAUCUGUGCCUCACUUCUUGGACUGACUUUGAGAAUUCAGAAACCCUUUCACACAACCACUCAAUUUCUCAAAAUGGAUUCUUUCCAGCAGCAACAACAGCAGCAGCCCCGUGGCGCUUGCUACUCUUGCGGUUCUACUGGCCACCAGGCCCGUGACUGCCCUACCAAGGGUCCUGCUAAGUGCUACAACUGCGGUGGCGAGGGCCACAUGAGCCGUGACUGCACCGAGCCCAUGAAGGAUAACAAGUCCUGCUACAAGUGCGGCCAGCCCGGCCACAUCUCCCGUGACUGCCCCAUGAGCGGCGGCAGCGGCCAGGCUACCGAGUGCUACAAGUGUGGUGAGAUUGGCCACAUUGCCCGCAACUGCUCCAAGUCCUCCUACGGUAACAACUAUGGUGGUGGCUUCGGUGGUGGCGCUGGCAAGACCUGCUACUCUUGCGGUGGCUACGGCCAUAUGUCUCGCGAGUGUGUCAACGGCAUGAAGUGCUACAACUGUGGCGAGUCUGGCCACUACUCCCGCGACUGCCCCAAGGAGUCCGCUGGUGGUGAGAAGAUCUGCUACAAGUGCCAGCAGCCUGGACACGUCCAGUCUCAGUGCCCCAGCAACUAAAAUGGUGGCUCGUGACUCAGCAUCGCGACUGAGGCGAGGUGGACGUGGAGACUCGUUGAUACCCACGGACGAUUUAUUUCCUAGUUCUUUUACGGCAUUUUGACAAAAGUUCAACUUCCUCGCACGACUUCUUAUGAUCAUCACGGCAGAAUGGAGGCUCACAAAACAAACCGUGCGCGAUUCUCGACGAGUGGCUGGCGGCGACCAGCUUUGAUUGGAACAUAUCGGCAUUGGAUUUCGUCACACAACGAACGAACGACUACGACCAUGAAAUCGACUCGACUUUGAGACAGACGGAUGGUGACGGGUGGGGGUGACGAGAUCAAACUGAAAAUAUCUGGUGUCUUGCAUGCAAUGUUUCACAACACCUCUGGUGCUCUGCUUACUCGCUGCAAGUGGAGAACCCAAGCUGAGAAGAGCUGGGUGUGCUCCUUUGGUAGUCAAGUCGAGAUGAAAUGCGUUGAUCCCGACGUUGUGGAAACUCUAACCUGGUGUGACUGUGUGUUUCGAUAUUGCCGACCUAUGCUUUGCGUUUCUAGCAGAAGCGGGUGUGUAGAAUGAAGGUGAACAAGGCUCAAAGGGUGGCUGUUCCUCUUGGACGCACCAGCACAAUCGGCCUGUUGCUAUUAAGAUAGUCUCCGAUUAGUAGCAUGCUAUUCGGACAAUAGCAUGUUCAGUCAGCUUGGUAUGACGAAAUGGCGAGCGAGUUGCUGGUCACGCAGACAGGAACCCUUCAGGGGUAACUGUGUGGCUAAGGUUCAGAUCUAGAACGGUUCAAGACUCGGAGUGCACAAGAGUUCCUGGCGUGGCUCGUUGCGGCUCAUAUUAAGCCUACGGGAAGAUACGGAUCCGGCACGAAAGACCUUUUACAACAAUCUCGGCUGAGUUUUUGAAUAAGGAGCUGAUACAGGUGAAACUCAGCAAGAACUUUAGCGGCCUAAACACAGACAUUCAAUGAACUAGGCUGUCGGCAUGACUCAAUAAUUUCAAAAUCCGGGACUCUGAUAAUUAAGGUCGACUGCAGACAGGGAGAAUGCAUAGAAUCAAGCUGACUGCCAUGUCGUUUAAAUGAAGGUAAAAAGAUCGGAAGCGUUAACAGCCUGGCUCUGGAUUCUAUAUCAGGCUGCUUAUAUGGGUAGCAUCAUGAUAGCAAGAAAACUACUCAGGCUUUGCUGCGUAAUAUACCUACUAUUAUCUAGAAGAUGGACACUAUCUAUAGAGCCUCUGAAAAGGCUCUUCAUUUCCAACUGAAACUAAUCAAGUGCGCC